GUCUGCCCAAAACAUUCAGAGGUCAAAGAUGGGAUUUUAUUUCACAGUGGUCCUACGUUGUGGCAGGGGUAGUGCAGUGGAUAUUUGAAUUGUGUAGGUUGAUUUAGCACACGGCUUAGGGAGCAUGUGGAGGGAACAUAGCGAGUAUGGGGGCAGAGGGAGGCGUGAAUCGACGAGCAACAAGUCAUCUGGCUGAAGAUUUGGAGCGCACACGUCCAAACAGAUGUCCAUUGAGCUUUGGUUCCGGCUUCUCGAUAAUAUGUAAAUUUUAAAAAAUUUAGUUCUUCUAUAGUUCCGACAAAAUGCCAUAGCUGAGUAGAGCUCUUUUGGUAGUAGUUGGUUUUUUUUUUAGGGGUUUUUGUUUUGUCUUUACAAAGAAUGGAUUUAAAUGUUUUCUAAUUCACAAAGUAAUGGAUUUCUGUGGAAGAGUAGGUAGGUUGGGAAUAGUCUGUUCUUCAGUUUUAUAAGAUCUUAUUUAGAUCCAGCCUCUCUCCUGAAGAUCUACCACCCUGUAGAGUUUAGAUACAACCCCUCUCCUGGAGAUCUACCAGGGUUUACCUUCGGUCCUGGAAACGUACUGCCUUGCAAAGUUUGCUUCCAGGACACAGGCAAGGAAACACUGCAUCAGACUCUGCUGUUGUAUACGCACGAACGCGAGCACUGCGCACCUUCUGUCCAGGCUGCAGACCGCACGGACGAGGCUCGCGCGUACCUCGCGAGAUAAAGUUAUGGCAAGCUUGUUGCCCCGCUCUGUUGGGGAGCUUCAGCUCUACCGCGUCCUACAGCGAGCCAACCUGCUGUGCUACUACGGCGCUUUUGUCCAGCAGGGCGGCGACGACGUCCAGCAACUCUGCGAGGCCGCAGAGGACGAGUUCCUCGAGAUCAUGGCCCUGGUGGGCAUGGCAACAAAGCCGCUCCACGUGCGGCGCCUGCAGAAGGCGCUUCGCGACUGGGUCACCAACCCCACCCUGUUCAACCAGCCUCUGACCUCACUUCCUGUGUGCAGCAUACCUGUGUACAAGGUCCGCGAAGGCUCGCCGGCUCGGCUGCCCGCCGCCUCGAGCCCAAGCUCUGCUGCGCUAGAGGGUGGAGAGAGCGGACCCCGGGGUGGGAGAGGUACCCCGGAUGGGCCUCCGGGAGCUGGCGAAAGCCGGUCUCCACCCGCGUCUUGCUCGCCUGCCUCAAGUGGAGAGACAGCGGAGACCCUGGACCCCGGGGUGGCCGAGCAUGUUUCCGAGUGUGUGGAGAGACUGGCCCCGACGCUGCUCAAGAGCAACCCGGUGGAGGUGAAGGAGCGUCUCCGUAGCAACAGGAGGCUGAGCAGGGCACUCAGCCAUCUCGGUGCCCUGAGCGAGGGUGACCCACGGAGAGAGGCGCAGAUACGCAAACACAGCGCCAUCUACAGGCACCUCGACCGCAAGAGGGAAGAUGGCAGACAGUUAACCACGCACGAGCUGGUGAUGAACGAGGCUGCAGCACUACUCUGUCUGAAGGAUGAGGCAUUGCUGACUCAGAGAGAGCAGCUCUUCUCUCUGGCCAGACAGAUCUCACGAGAGGUCACCUACAGACACAACGUCAGGACAAGGUCUGGAGAAGAUGAUGAGGAGGAGGUGUUUGCUCCUAAACGAAUUAAAAUUGAGGACGAUGUGUGCGGUAUGGAAGACUCAACGGAGCUCCUGAAUGUGCAGCAGGAGUCACUGAGGGAGCGGCUGGUGGACACUGAGUGGAAAGGAGAUGAGAGCAUCAGGCAUGCCCUACAGGUGCAGCUGCAGCUCCAGGAGAUGCUUCAGAAAAGUGGGGCUCCUCAAGAUUCCACUGGUUACGUCCCUGAUCUCACCAACCCCAGCAACUCCUCACCAGGAGCUGAGAGUCCUCAGAACUCGGGUGGGAUCAGCCAGAGCAUCUUUAGCGGGGACAUCCCGCUCGGUCGGCAGUUAGCGCAUGAGCUGAAGCAACACCUGAAACACCGACGGAAGCAGAACUCACAGGAUGCACGGCGGCGUCAUGAUCGCAGCUCGGGGGCAGAGCAAACCAUGACAUCAGAAACUGGAACGUCUCCAAGGGAACUGUGCCUCGUGGGCCACAUGAAGAUCAAAGCAGAGCCAGAAGAGCCCAGAUAGCAGUGAGCGGCAUACGUCGUGACGGCACACGUGAGAGCACGCGGGCCUCUGUGCGUGUGACCUGCUGCUGUCUGUCAGCGGGGAUGUUUCACUCUUUUGCCUUAAAAGACCUAGCUGGCCUAACCAUUAUGUGGGUUGGCCUACAUGCAACUGUGCACUAGUGGUUUUCUAUGUUUUCCUUCUUUUUUAAGAAACUAUCAUGUUCUGUUUGAAUACAGCCUGUUACAUUGUGCCUGUUAUGUUUUAAAUACAGUUUCUUUGUAGGACAUGAUUUUUGGAGUGUUUUAGAUUCUAAAAGGGUUUUGGGGGGUUUUUAUUUUUCACCACUGCACGUGUUUUUUUUUUUUUUGUUUUUUUUAAUUUCAUGUUUUAAAUAACAAGGCCAGGUUUCAAUAACACCAGACAACAGUCAGUUUUAAUGUUUCUUGAGGUAAUAUACAUGCCAGGCAUUUGAACCAAUGGCAGUAUGCCAGUUUGUCCUCUGAAUGAAGUUUGGAAGCUGGAACAGAGCAGUAGCACGUAACGAUGUGUUGGUAGGUUGGUGGGUCCUUCUCUCGUCCCAUGUUCAUUGAAUAUAGUGUCCAGUGUUCAGCAAGAGUCCCUGUGUCUCGCCGUUCCGCUUUUUGGGCCGACAGUCCUCGACCUGAUUGCUCCGAUACUGUUCCUCUUCCUUCUCUUCUUGAUCUCUUGGAAGCGCAAGCCGCUUGCCAUCAUCCCUCCCCAGGCCUUUGUGCCUGACGGGGAGAGUGAAACAGGCCCGAGAGUUUUUAACGACAUGACCCGCGUAUCAUUGAGAAACCCUGGCCUGAGUGAACCCGAACACGCAGUGCUUAUUCAGUCCUACUGUGGGAAUAACGCAAAAAUAGACCGCAGUCCAGUGCACGCAGCUGAGCGAGAGGAGUGCUGCUUCUUUUUUCCAUUUGCUCUUAUAUGAAGUAAAAUCCUUGUUGUCUCAACACUAAUAUAUUUGAAUCCCUAAAAAUAAACUUUAUUUUUUAAAUACGAAAA